AUGGAUGGAAUCUAUUAUGACGCUGCAAGUUCUAAGGACUACCAGGACGCUGCACUGCUUGCGCUGAUGUGGUACACGUUUGGGAGGGCUUCAGACCUCGGUUUUGUGGCUAAGAGUAGCCUGUCCGUCAUCGCCGACGGCCAAGUUCUCUCCAUAUUCCCCGAGAAGGACAGCUUUAUUACCUGCCCUCUGCACGCUGUAGCGAUGACACUCGUGAUGCAAGAUUUCCCAUCGUCUCAAGUCUUGGAGCAUCCUCAGUUGUUUGAUGGUAGCGCCGAGAAGUUGGCUGCUCCAGACGACGUACCGCUAGCUGCAUCGAAAGCACAGGCAAGAGCUAAGCCAACGCCCAACCUUUCCUCACACUCCUUUAGGCGAGGCGGCGCUCAGCAUGCCAACAGUGAUCCGUCACUUUGUGCGCAGUGGAUUUUUGAUCGGGGAUCGUGGAACAUGACGGCCACGAAUAAGGCAUUUUCCUAUGUCUUUAACACGACGAGCGAAGACCAAAAGGUUUCCAGGGUGUUGAGUGGGUGGGACUCAUGCCAGAAACCACCUGUCCCGAUGCUGUCGUGGUUUGAUUCGGCUACAAAGAGUCAAGCUCUGUCCCUCGCUGCUCUACUCUUCCAAACGAGCCUGAAUACUCAAGACCCUGAAAAGCGCCUGAAUGACAGAGUGGCUGAUGUCCUUGUCGCCGCCCUAAUCCAGCGGUUUCCAGAAAUUUUGGAUCGAUAUCCAAUGUGCCCCUACGUCACUAGAAUGCGUCAGUGUCUGUUGGCACUUGGUAUUUCUAAGGCUCAAGUUUUGGCGUGGAGCUCGGAACUUCAGCAG